CUUCCUCGUCAGAUACAGCUCGAAGCUUCAGCCCUACAGCCGAUUUUGCAAGUACACUGAAUUGGUCGCUACUUUAUAGGAUCGUGGUUCAAAAUGGAGAUCAGAGAGAAGAUGGACACCGUGAACCGUCCCGAUGAGUGGAUGAUCGAGCAGGGCAUGGCCGGCCACAAACUGCCCAUCCUCGACCAGACCGGGCGCGAGACCGUCCACCUGUACCCUCCCGCCCCGAUCAAGAUUUCCCAGAAUAAAGAGGCAAUCAAGGCGGUGGGAGAUCGCAAUAAAUUGUUCGCUCGCGAGCGGGAAGGCUGGGUUGGAUACGUCGAAUGGGAGAAAUACCCGGAAAAGAAGGCCAAGGCCCACCAGAUUUUGACCUCGCAGACCUUCCCCGAGUGUCCCGAUUAUCAAUUCGGGCCUAUCCCGGGCACCAAUCCCGUGCUUCCGGGCGACGACUUCAAAGCCUGGCAUGCGGCGAUCGGCGGCGAGCUGACCACCGUGGCCGACGACUCGUGGAAGACGGUGUUGCAGGAGAAGCAUCCCGACAUGCUGCACCUGCUGCAGUUCCCGUACAACGGCGAGCCGCCCAAGCGCCUCACGACCGCGAAGCCUAUCACCCCGAACUCGCUGCACUUCGUGCGCAAUCACGGCGGCAUCCCGCUCAUCGACAAGGAUAAGUUCGAGCUGACGCUCGACGGGCUCGUCAAGAACCCGAAGAAGUACACCCUGGACGAGAUCAUGGAUGAGACCCGGUUCCCACGCGUCGAGAAGACGAUCACCAUGCAGUGCUCGGGCACUCGUCGGAUCGAGCAGAUCGCGCUCUAUCCCGGCCAGGGAGAUGAGGUGCCGCAGGCGCCGUGGGCCGAGGGGGCGAUCGGCACGGCCCGAUAUGUCGGUAUCAGUCUCAAAAAGCUCAUCAAGGACUGCGGGGGCCUCGUCGACGGGGCCAAGCAUCUCGAGUUCUACGGCGCGGAGACGUACGUCAAGGACCUGGAGGUCAUGAACUAUGUGGUCAGUGUGCCCUGGUCCAAGGUCAAGGCCAACGAGGUCCUGCUCGCCUGGGAGAUGAACGGAGAGCCGCUGCCCAAGAUCCACGGGUACCCAUUGCGCGUCAUGGUCCCGGGGUAUAUCGGGGCCCGGUGUGUCAAGUGGCUUUACCGCGUGAAGGCGAUCGAGACCCCCUCGCUCGCGCCGGUGCAGGCCAGAGAGUAUCUGUACUUCAAUCAGCAGAGUGGCAAGCAUAACCAGCGGCCCAUCGACGGCAUCCAGAUCCAGGAGAUGCCUGUGAGCUCGGCGAUCAUGUCCCCCUGGCAGCAUCAGGUCAUCAUCCACAAUGGCUCGAUCGAAUGCAAAGGCUGGGCUUACAGCGGUGGUGGCCGCUGGCCCGAGCGCGUCGAGUUGUCGGCUGAUGGCGGGUUCACCUGGUAUGCAGUCCCGCAGGAGCGGCUGUCAAAGAAGGGCAAGUGGACCUGGCGGACGUGGGAGAUGGAUCUUCCUUGCGAUGCUGAAGGAUGGAUUGAGAUUGUCUGUCGUUGCUGGGAUAAUGCUCUGAACACACAGCCGAUCGGCAUUCGUCAGACUUGGAACUGGGGUCUGCAUGUCACGUCUUCCGCGCAUCGAAUCAAGAUAUACAGUAUCAAUAAGACGCGGGAGCUGACCAGGAAGCGUUUGGAGAAGUUUGAGCAGAUGGGGAUUCCCUUGGCUCCGAUCACUCGCUAUGAUGCCGUGUCAAGCCUGACUGAUGCGGAACUUGAAGAGUAUUGGAAGAUUUAUCCUCGCGACGUUGAUGAGUAGGAGAUGUGGGCGGAGAAAAGAAGCAUGGAAGGACGCUGCCUAUCUGGGCGAAGGUGAAGCCGAGAAAAAGCGCGUAGUGCUGAGAUUCUGCCGAUCGGAGAUGUUCUGUGCGGGUUGAGAGCGGUAGGAGUAUGCCCAAUCAGCAGCCAGUAACUAUCGGGCCUGAAUACGUGAUUUCCACUUGAAAACUGCCCUAUCACAGAACAGGGAUCCCGUGACCUCUCCAUCUUGUCUCUGACUAUGCAUUUGCUCGCUCAUCUGUUUGACCAUGAUCUCUACAUAAUCGCACCUUUAUUAUAGGGCCAGGUUGGGCAUGUUAGACGCUUUGUCGUUAGUGCGAUUGCAG